CCAAACGACUCGAAACGAAAGGCCAGCGGCUAUCGCCGCCGACGCUGAGUCACGUCCAUCACAUUGCCCUUGUUUCUUUUUGGUAAAUCCAUCACAUCACUUUCGAUAACAAAUCACGCCUACAGCUAGCCGCCACCAGCGGGUGAAGUGGAGGUAGUCUCACCUUUUUUUGUGUUCUCCCGUCAAUAAAACCCUCCGACUGUUCGCUCCCUUCAACGCACUCAUCCUUCCCUCUGGAUUAGUAGGUGCCCAGAAUAAGAACAAACGAAGCAAUGGAGGUGGUGUUGGAUUGGAAGUCGAUAGGGUCGCUUCUGGCGACGCUGGUGUUCUUGAGAUCGGCGUUGCGGGAUUUCCUCCCUCCGGAGCUCUACUUCUUUCUUCAAUUCCUCUUCCGACGGCUGGUGGCGGCGGUACACCCCACGGCGAUCAUCAUCAUCGACGAGUACGACGGUUCCUCCCCCAACGAGCUCUACGAAGCGGCCCAGUCGUACCUGGGCUCCCGCUGCCUGGCCACCGCCCCCGUGGUCCGCCUCUCCAAGCCCCGCCAAGCUCCCCACCCGAUCGCCUCCCUCCCCUCCUCCCACACCGCCGUUGACUUCUUCCAGGGCGUCCCCCUCCGCUGGACCUCCCGAGCCGUCGAGCGCCCCUCCGCCGCCUCCAACCCCUUCUUACUCUACGGCCACCACCGCUCCUCCUCCGCCGCCGAGCACCGCUCCCUCGAGCUCUCCUUCCACCGCCGCCACCGCAACGCCGUCCACUCCAUCUACAUCCCCCACAUCCUCGACGAGGCCGCGCGCCUCCGCCUCAAAGCCCGCGAGCGCCGCCUCUACACCAACCGUGCCGCCCCAGGGGAAGACCUCUACCGCCUCUGGUCAUCCGUCCCCUUCGCCCACCCUUCCACCUUCGACACCCUCGCCAUCGAACCCGCCCUCAAGGACGAUCUCCGAUCCGAUCUCCUCCGCUUCGCCGACCGCCGCGACCACUACGCCCGCGUCGGCCGCACCUGGAAGCGCGGUUAUCUCCUCCACGGACCCCCGGGCACCGGCAAGACCAGCCUAGUAGCCGCCAUUGCCAACCUACUCGAGUUCGACGUAUACGACCUCGAGCUCACCGCCGUCCCCUCCAACUCCCACCUCCGCCGCCUCCUCGUCUCCACCACUCCCAAGUCCGUCGUCGUCGUCGAGGACAUCGACUGCUCCCUCGAUCUGUCCGACCGCAAGAAGAAGAAGAAGACCAAGCCCGGCCACGAACACGAGCCCGAACCCGACCUGCAGGCGGCGGCGGCGGGGGGGCAUCCUCACGACGUCACUGCGUACGGCGGAGGUACGGUGAGCCUGUCGGGUGUCCUGAACUUCGUGGACGGGCUGUGGUCGUCGUGCGUAGGGGAGCGGCUGAUGAUCUUCACGACGAACCACCCGGAGCGUCUCGACCCGGCCCUCAUCCGGCCCGGCCGGAUGGACCGGUCCAUCCACCUCUCCUACUGCCGACCGUCGGCGUUCCGGGUGCUGGCGAGGAACUAUCUUGACGUGGCGGAAGGGCACCAGCUGAUGCCGGAGGUAGACGCGCUCCUCCAGGAGGUCAAGAUAACGCCGGCGGAUGUCGCUGAGGUCUUCAUGGGCUGCGACGGCGACGGCUCCGACGCUGCGAUGCGGAAGCUGGUGGAUGAGCUGCGGCGGAGGAAGGCCCCGAUGCCGUCGCCUCCACCGCUCGAUGGUGGCGGCUCCGGCGGGGAGGAGAAGAAGGCGAGGAGAAAGAAGGGCGAGUGAUUGGUGUCUGGUUUUCAUACACGGACAAAUGGUGUAGAAUUAUUGGUAAUGGAUAAGACCGUAAGGAUGACUGAAAGUGGGAUUGGGGGGCAUCAUGACACGGCUUCUAUAAUAUUAAAUUAUUAAUAUAUGGAAUAACAGCAUGGGUAGAAGGGAGAGAGAGGUAGGGACAAGGCAUGGGAAAGGGUCGGUAACGCUGCUUUUGAUCACUCUCGUCAUUUUUAACAGAAGUAUUUUGGUAAGAAGUUUUAUAUGACUUCAGGUU